UUAAACUAUGCUUUCUUUCUCUUGAUACUUAAACAGCAGUUCUGUUUCUAUUACUCCAGAUUUAACCAGAAGAUUUAACAUCUGCUUGAAAAUAAAUUAAAAAAAAAAGCAUUUUCCCACUAAAGGUGAUUCAAGUUGUGCUGAUUUGCCAUGUAUAAUUCUACAUAUCUGUUCAAUGAUGACUGUGAUGAAAUCCCUACCCAGCAUGCUAUUCAGGAAAGCCUACAAGAUAUGCAUAAAAAUGCAACAAGUGUGGAUGUAGCAGAGAAUGAGAGUUUCCAGUUUGUUGCAAGCAAAGAACGUGGAAAGAUAAUUGCAGCUAUUCGGACAGGCCAAGAGGAGGCCUUGAAGAAGUUGGUGAAGCACAGUUCUGCUUUUGAAGAAGCAGACCAGCAAGGCUGGCUUCCUGUGCACGAAGCUGCAGCACAGCUAAAUAAGAAUAUCCUAGAAAUAACUUUGAAAGCCUCCAGUGCCAUGACAUGGGAACAGACCACUCUAAAAGGGGAAACGCCUCUUUUGGUAGCAGUGAGAAAUGGCUUUGUAGAUAAUGUCCACUUUCUCCUGCUCAAUGGCUGCAAUCCCAAUGUUAAGAAUGAAGAAGGAGACUCUCCUUUAGUUACAGCAAUUAAACAUGAUUCAUAUGAGAUUGCCUCCUUGUUGAUAAGUUUUGGUGCAAAAGUGAAUUUGCCUUGUGUCCACAAGAGGACUGCUUUACAUGAGGCAGCCAGACUAGGCAGAAAGGAUCUUGUGAAGCUUCUGCUUCAUUCAGGAGCAGAUCCUGAUCCUCGCAGUGGAUAUGGGCUCACACCUCUAGCACUGGCUGCACAGACUGGACAUACAGAAAUUAUGGAGCUUUUACUGCAAAAAGGUGCUGAUGUUCUUUCACAGGCAAUGGAUUGUGCUUCUGUAUUAUUUGAAGCAGCAGGCGGAGGAAAUCCAGAUUCACUGAGCCUUUUACUAGAAUAUGGGGCUGAUGCUAACGUACCAAAGCACUCAGGUCAUUUGCCGAUCCAUAGAGCUGCAUACAGAGGACACUUUCUAGCCUUGAAGAACUUAGUUCCAGUUACUAAUUUUGAUGCCAUUAAAGAAAGUGGGAUAAGUCCAGUUCACUCAGCUGCAGCAGGAGCACAUCCUCAGUGCCUUGAGUUUCUCCUCAAAUCUGGGUUUGAUGCCAAUUUUAUGCUGGAUCAAAGAGUUCGCAAAGGCUACGAUGACCACAGGAGAUCAGCAUUGUACUUUGCUGUUUCAAAUGGGGAUAUCUGUUCAACAGAGUUACUGCUGAACGCUGGAGCCCUGCCAAACCAAGAUCCCAUCAACUGUCUCCAAAUAGCUUUGAGAAUGGGCAACUAUGAAUUAAUGAAUCUACUGCUCCGGCAUGGGGCUAACGUCAAUUACUUCUGCAGAGUGAAUACAACACAUUUUCCAUCAGCUCUACAGUAUGCGCUGAAAGAUGAAGUCAUGUUAAGAAUGCUUAUGAACUAUGGGUAUGAUGUGCAGCGCUGCUUUGAUUGCCCUCGGGGAAAUAGCUCCCAUUCCCCUUACGUGACUGAUGGGUGGACUUCUACUGUUAUCAAAGAUACAAUGUUCUGUGAAGUGAUCACCUUGUCAUGGCUGAAGGAUCUGUCUGGGAAAGUAGUGCGCAUAAUGUUAGAUUAUGUUGAUCACGUUAAUAUCUGCUGGAAGCUAGAAGCAGUUCUCAAAGAACAGGAACUCUGGCCAGAAAUCAAUUCAAUUUUAACAAAUCCCCGCUCUUUGAAACAUCUUUGUCGUCUGAAGAUAAGGGAAUGCAUGGGCCGGUUGCGUCUCCGUUGUCCAGUCUUCAUGACCUUCCUUCCACUGCCGAAGUGCUUGAAAGACUACAUACUAUACAAGGAACAUGAUCUUUAUGGACAGGAAAACUUCCUAGGAACCUACAACCUCAACUGUACAUAAUUAUUAUUUCUGUAUUUUGAAGGGAAUGUUGAAGUGGGUAAGACUUUUAUGCAGCUCCUUUUCUCUUUGGGGAUUUUAUCUCCUAUAUGUAAGUGUGUGUGCAUGUGUGUGUAUAUAUAUAUCUAUAUAUCUCUAUAUAAAGGAAGACCAAGUCUCAUCAUCUGCCCCCUCCACCCCGCAGAAAGUGGAUCUAAAUACUGAAAUGGGAUUAACAGCUACAGAAACCUCUUGCUUAUCACAGCAACUAGUGUGAUAUACUGAUGUUUCAACAAGAAGGCAGCAUGUCUAAAAGACAUGUUUGUUCUGCUUUUCCUUCUCAGGUAUUGAUAUGUCUCAUCAACUAUGUAUUUUAUUGCUCUCUCUAGAGCUGGGUUUUCACUUUACAGUGCUAUCUAAAGGCAUAUUUCCAGUUUUUUAGAAUUUCUCUUCAAACAGUUUCAGCUUAACCUUUUGGAACACCUACCUGGCAGUAGUCACGUUUUGUUGUCGUACUUGGGAGAAGAAAGAAAGAUGUGCAACUGAAACUGUCACAUUCGUUACAUGGAAUAAUCCCUACUGCACUAUUUCUGUAGAAGUUGAGAAGCCAGACACUCCAAUCAUGCUUCGAUUCUCUGAAUGACAAGGUGACAAAGCCUCCUAAUGGCAUCAGUGGAUACUUUCAUCUGAUGAGGUGAUGUUACAUUGUCAUUUUGCACUAAAAAUUUCUAGGUAGAUAAUGGAGAUGCAUACUGCUUACUAAUCUCUAUACUUACAUAGUGCACAUAGAUGCACAGAAUACUCACUCUUCUUAAAAAUACUACAGAAGAAUCCAUAUCUUUAAAAAAGAAAUAGUAGUUCAUCAACACACUUGGCAUUAAUAAUAUUUAUUCCUUCAUUAUCAAGUAGGCAUAGAUUUUCAUUUAUACAUGCAUCUGUAUCACUGAAGUUACAUAAUUCAAAAGUCUCUUUUCCCUCAGAAAAAAAUCUACAAAUCUUAUAAAAUACAAAUUUAACUAUUAUGGAGCUAUAAUUCAUUGCUUCUUACAUGGUGCCUUAUCAUAUAAUAAAGAAAACUAAUGAAGCCUGUGAAAUAGUGUCAGUACCCAUGUUAAUGGUUGUGCUGGUAUAGCUUUUCUAUACACAUUAAUUCUGACCAUUAACGUAACCGUAGCUCUUUACAAAGUUCUACACAUUGUCAUGUGACUAGAACAUGUGCAUUAAAACAGCCAGCUAAGGUAGUAAGGAUUUUCUUCUCUUAAUGUUCAGUCUUUGAUUGUUGCAAAAAUAAGUUACCAUCAUUCCCAAGUACAGUAACUUCCUCUGAGGAUAUCUGGCUAAUUAAUAUAAUUAAAAUUAACAGAAUUGAGAUAUACUUUGAAAACAGAGGGAUUCAACUGCAUCUUUAACUUAUUCAAUGGAAGGGAAUACAUCCUAUUGCCGAUAAUGGUACUCUCUGGAAAUCAGUAUUAGGGAAAAAGUAGAUUUUUUUUGAAUCAGUACAAAUCCCAUCCAGAAAGUUAUUAUACUUAAGUUUUUAUUAUUUAACCUACAAAAUGCUGACUGAAGCCCUGGCAUAAUACGUUUACUAUUCAUGUUUCCAAGCUUAAAACACAUCAGUGUUGAAGUAAGUAUACCACUUGAGGUUUUAAAUACAGCUAUUCAAGGAAAAAAAAAGUGUAAGUCUCAAACAUUGCAAAAAUUACUUAUACUUCACUAGAACAUGACCAGUCCAGUACAUCAUCAUAAGUAUGUGACCACUCCACUGUAUUAUAAAAAUCACCUGAAAGAUUGUACAAAAUCCUUGGCUUGCAAUAUAAACUUCAUUACGAAUACAAAUGCAUUCACAAGGGCACGCUGGCUUAUUCUUGUCUUAAUAAAUUGGGUAUCACUGUGGCAGGAAAAAAAAACCCAAAAAACUUAGUGCUUGGUUAGAAAGAAAAGUCUUGGAAACUAAUUGACUUGCAAGAAAUUCUGUAAAAUAGAGCAAAGGAAAGAAUAUAAAAUAUCAGCUGUUGUUAGACUAGACAGUGUCUCUCUACUGAAUUCACUGAGCAUUAACUAAACAGCAGAGGCAGGUUUGUUUUGUCUGUGUGAAUUAUUUCUGAAAUAACAUGAGACAGUAGUAGUAACACUUUCUCCAUUUGCUUCUCUCCUAAAUUCUGUGGGAGUACUUCAAAAUUCACCUUAAAAGAAAGAUAUGCACAGUCCAAAUUUGCUUCUUUAUAUCAAUGUCCAUAAAGUAUAUCUUCAUAAAUAGCUUCAGCUGUUUCAGCGAUUGCUCUGAAUUUACAUCCCUAUAAUAAUGAAAUUUCACUGCACUGGUGGGGGGGCUGUUAUUUCACUGUUAAUUUAUCUUUUAACAGUUAACUAAUAUUUUUGUUGGUACAAUUUCAAAGCUAAAAAGAUUAAGGAAGUAAUAGACUUAUCACAUCGCAAUUACUUUAUACCACCAAUUUUAACCAGUUCUGUACGGCUAAGUUGUAUACAACUCUGUUAACUUUCCUCCAGUUUAGACUUAAAGAAAAUGCAUUCAUGGCCAUAGAGGAGUACUACGUAUUAUCUAUAAUGCAAUAAAAUGCAUACCUAUAA